AGCUGAUUUGACAGAAGUAAACAAAUCGUUGAGCAAAUUUGUUUUCAUUGCAAUAAAAUACAAAACUUUAGCUUAUGACGACCACAAAUGAUUUACAAAAGUGUCGUGCUUGUCUUGUUCCACAAAAUGCAGUAAACUACGACAUGCGUUUGCUGCCAUUGCUGGCACACAAGUUCUACACUUGCACCGCUAUAUCCAUGGAGGAGGAAGAUUCUUUGCCAGGUGUACUAUGCGGGACGUGCAAUACACAUCUGGAACAGUUUUAUGCGUUUCGGGAGCGAUGCAUUGCAGCUGACGCGCAGCUGCGGGCGAAGAGAGAUGAGAACUUGCAAAUAAAACCAUGUGAGGAUGAAAUUAAAGAUAAUGAAGAAGUCUCCAGGCUGCGUAGUACAGCAAGAAAACGACGAGUUAGAAAGCCAAGCCAAGAAGUUGAAGUCCUUCCCAACCCGGUUUCACAGCCAGUUACGGAGCAGAGCUCCUGUUAUAAGUGCGACAUUUGCGACUCGCGCUUCCUGGUGAAGCAUCGUUUGCAGGCGCAUAAGCGUCAGCAUGAGGGACUGACGCCAUACCCGUGCACAGAGACUGGAUGUGAGCGUGGCUUCAAUCGGAUGCACUGUCUUUCCGAGCAUCUCAAGCAGCACUCGGGCACGAAUCUCUGGUUCAACUGUGAUCAGGAGGGCUGCAGCAAGCGCUAUCGCCACAAGCCGACGCUAAUGAUGCAUAUGCGCCGCAGCCACAAACUGGGACCCGAGCUUAAGUCGCAUGUUUGUGAGUUCUGUGGCAAAGUGUUCAAUUCGUCGGCUGUGCUCAACGAUCAUCGCUACACCCACAAGGAUAAAUCAGAACUGCCGCAUGCCUGCUCCGAGCCACAGUGUCCACGUCGCUUUGCCAGCAAGGAGAAACUCAAAGUGCAUCUGCUGCGCCAUGCGGGCAUUAAGAACUUUAGCUGCCCCUAUUGUGGCAUGCGCAAGACCACCAGAAAUGAGCUCAAGAUCCACAUGAACUAUCACACGCUGGAGCGCACUUGGCCCUGUCGCUUCUGCUCGAAGGUCUGCAACAGCUCCGGCAAUCUCAAGAUGCAUGUGCGCACCGUCCACGAGCGGGCCAGAGAUUAUGCCUGCAGCUACUGCGAGCGCAGCUUUGCCAAGCCGGAUACGCGCAAGUAUCACGAGAUGACGCACACCGGCGAGAAGCCCAACGAGUGCGAGGAAUGUGGCAAGCGAUUCACUCAACCGGCUGCAUUACGCACGCAUCGCAAGAUUCACGAGCGACAGCGCAAAGAAGCGGAUGCCAACUUGACGAUCGUCGUAUCACCUUCGACUCCCGCGGCUGAUAACAGUUAAUGGGAGAGCGGAGAGAGAUCAAAGAUUAAAUAUUUAUAUAUAUUCAGACAUCAUCGUCUGCGGCUGCUGCUGCUAAUCAGACAUAUAUAAGCAUUAACUUUGGCUGCGUCACAUUAUUCUAAUCGCACACGGUCCAAAGUUCGAGUGGCGCUGUUAUAUUUAUAACCGGUACACUUAGAUUAGAAGACUAUGCUGACCAUCGAUUAGAUUGCCUUGAGGUAUGUAAAUAUGUACCGAAAUAUCUGCGAUGGCUAAGAGAGUUGAAUAUAUGUACAGAAAUAUUUGAGAUAGCCAAGAAUUGAGUAUUCUUAUAGAUACAUUUCUUAUUACCACAAAUAAGUCUACUAUGUCUGUCUGUCUAUCUGUUCUUUUAAACGCUUGGAUCUCAGAAACUGUAGAGAGAACUAGAGUUAACAAACUGGUUGAGAAUAUUUACAUACGAUAUGAGCUAUAUUGCUUGCUUUAUUUAUUAUAUACUGAUUAUUGAUUAGCUGGCUUGCUUAUUGUAAUAGCUGAUUAAAGACAAUAUUUUUUUGCUUACUUAAUGCAUAUUUGUUUGCAUAAGCAUUUCUAUUAAAAAAAUCUAAGAUUAUCAGAAAAUUAAAUUACUAGCAUAGUAUAAAAGUGUUUCGUCUGUCGCUUCAUCUUUCUUAAUACUUUGAUCUCUGUGACUACAAGAGCUAAAGCUACGAAAUUUGGAUACAAUUGUAUAGUAUUGUCACUAUCCAUAAGGUCAAUAAAUAUUUCUACAAAAAUAUCCCUGGCAGAAGAAAAGGAUUAAACAUAUUUCUUUAAAAUGAUCUUAUUAGUGUCAGUUGAGUUUUACAUACAAAGGCAGCUAAAUUUUCAAGGUAUAGAGCUACGAUUCAUGGAGAUAAUCAUAUCUUUAUACUAUACUUUAGAUAAUCAUAUCUUCAUAUAAGUUUAUUAUACUUUUGUAGAUAAAGUCCACUUAAGAAUGCAAUCAAAGAAAUUGACACGUAAACAAAUUGUAAUGUCAAUCGGAAUCUAAUCUUGAAAAUUAUUGCAAUUAUAUAUCUUUCGCUUUAUAUACUUGACUUCACAAUACUUAAAUGUAUUACGAAAAGUUCAUAAUAACCGCGUAUUUAAAUCGCAUUUUAAGUCUAUCUACUGUUGUCUACAACGAGAUUAGAUUUCUUGAGUUUUUUGCCCCAGCGCAAAGUUCAGAACAAUACAACAAUAUUGAUAUUCGCUAAUUUUCUAAAAACGUUUUAUUUUAUUUCGAAAUUCGACAAGGUAAUCAGACAUAACAUAAUUCACUAAAGGCUGGACUUUGAAUCUGGGGGAGUAGAAGAGAGAUAAUUAUACUUUAAAAUACAUAAUGACUUUUAAGCAGCUACUGCGCGUUGCAUUCAAUUCAACUCAAUGGGUCCUGUGGAGUGGACUCCCUCCUCGUCAAAGAUCUUCGUUGCUAUCGCCGUGAUCAUCUUCUUCUCCGUCUGCAGUUGACCCGAUGAGGCCUUCUUCAGAUGCUGGAUAACUCGUUCGGAUGCCUGCAGUGCCAGGGCUUUCGUUAGAUUAAGUUCGUGUUCCGCCGUCGGCAGAUUAAGUUGUGCGGCACGCGAGGAGCGCGACAGAGUGGCAAUCAUGGCAUAGAUAUCGAUGGCAGCAUUGGCCAGAUGAUUCAACACCAGCUGCUCGUUGAUGAUGUUCUUGUUGUACUUCAUCAACACCGCUUCGGUGGUGCGACCAAAGAGAUCGAUACACACAGCAGCGUUCUUGGCAUACUCCUUCAGCUCGGGCACCACAAACGAGCUCAGAUCAGUGCCACCCAGGCCAACGGAGGAGCUGGCACGCUUUGAG